UGUGUAUGUUGCUCAUGUGGAUGAUAAAUCCCCUGCUUUUGGACAGUUUUGUCUGAUUUCCAGGCGUUUCAGUGGUGAAGUGUGAUCGAAAUCUCACCUUUAGUUAUUUUUAAGACGGCGUCAGCCCCAUGAGCGCAUCCGAGGGAGCCUUGCAGGCCCGUGUGAAGGCGUUGGAGGAGGAAGUGGAGCGACUGCAGGCCCAGCUGAGGGGAAAGAGUGAUGGAGCACAGAGUGACAAGGGAACGAGCUCGGUCUCGAAGGUUCAGGAGAACGGAGGGAACAGAAAGAAGGGGAAGAGGGUGUUCGAUUUUGCCGCGCAUCCACGGCGCCAUGUAGCUCUGCGCCUAGCGUACCUGGGCUGGCAGUACCAGGGAUUUGCUGUACAGGAGAACACGGACAACACGGUGGAGGCACGAGUGUUCGAGGCUCUGCUGAAAACGAAGCUGAUCCAGGACCGGCAGAGCUCGAAUUACCACCGCUGUGGCCGCACAGAUAAAGGAGUCAGCGCCUUCUCACAGGUAAUAUCCAUUGACCUGCGCUCGAGUCAGUUCAGUGGUUUGGGUGUGACCGUCCCGGCUGGUGUCGAACCUAAAGCUGGCAGUGGAGCUGCGACGACCGAGUUGCCUUACGUAAAGAUGCUGAACAGGGUCCUUCCUCCAGACAUCCGGGCUCUUAGCUGGUCUCCGGUCCCCAGCGGCUUCAGCGCACGCUUCGACUGCCAGUCUCGAACGUACCGGUACUACUUUCCCCGUGGAAACCUGGACGUAGAGCUCAUGGCUGAAGCGGUCAAACGAUAUGAAGGCACUCAUGACUUCAGGAACUUGUGUAAGAUGGACGUGGGUAACGGCGUUCUGCAGUUCCAGAGGACGAUCACAGCCGCGAGCGUUCAGCCGUGCGAACCCCGUCACCCCUCGCACGCCGACCCUCAGCGCUUCUACAUGUUCGAGGUCAAAGGUCUCGCCUUCCUGUACCACCAGGUUCGUUGCAUGAUGGCUGUGCUGCUUCUGAUUGGCCAGAAGCUGGAGGCACCAGAGAUCAUCACUCAGCUACUGGAUGUUGAGAACAACCCCAGGAAGCCUCAGUACAGUAUGGCAGUCGAUUACCCACUGGUGUUGUACGAGUGCCAUUUUGAUGGCCUGAGUUGGAUUCGUGAGCCUGAAGAGGAGAGCCACGUGCUCAGCUCUUUUCUCCAGCACUGGACUCAGACUGCAGUCAAAGCUCAGGUGCUGCACGGUAUGAUCCACGGCCUGCAGAGCACAGACACGGAUCGAGGACCAAUUAUGCAGUGUUGCCUCAUGGAGGGAUCCAAACAGCGCAACUAUCGCCCCCUGCUGGAGCGGCCGUGCUGCGAGAGUCUGGAAUCGCGCAUCCAACACUUUGUGAAAAGAGGACGACUCGAGCGGGACGAAGGAGAGAGCGGGGAGGAUGGCAACGCCAUCUUCAGGGGCAAGAGGUCAAAACACUCGCAUCAAACGAGCUCCACAAAUCAAGAAGUAGCAGAAGAGAGUCUCCUGAGCCGAAAGGACGUUCCUUUACAUCCCUCAUAAUAAUCCUUUAUCAACUUCUUCUGUUUUUAAGAUGCACAUGAAAUGGGAAAAAAAUGCUCUAUUUUUUGGGCUCUUUAUUUAGAAAGCUUCAGAAUGCAAUAGGGGUGGAGCUUGAGUUCAACCCGAUCAGCCAGUCACACACUUGAUUGUCUCACCACGAGUGUUUUUUUUUUUUUUUUUUCCAGUUCUUCAACCUGAUGUACGACUUAAUACGAAAUGAUUUAGUCUUCCAGUUCAGCAACAUUAGCACUCGUAUUAAUGAGUUUGCCAGCGUGCAGGUUGGUGUUGCGCAUGUUUUUUCUCCAGCGGUAUCUGUUUUGGAGCGAAAGUUAGCAAACUUGUUUUAUGUGAAGGGGGAAAAAACCCAGACGCUCUGGAGGAUCAGGACAUGUGUAAUAUUGAUGUACUUAUUUUUGUGUGCGUUUUUGAAAAGGUUUUUCCGAAUCAUAUUUUUACUUUGAAGAUUUUAUUUAUAAAUUUCUUAAUCACAUUAUUUUCAG